ACACUCUUUAACAAGAUUGCAGCAGUCUGACGUUGAUGAGAAUUGUGCCAGUGACAUUGAAUGUCAUUUGGAUGAAAUGUUCAGCAAUAUGUUCCAUCUGCUUGAUGAGGUGGGCCAACUGACUGUGUCCAGAUGGCAAGCCCAGCUGAUUCAGCUGACAAAGAAAUGGUCAAGCUCCAGUCAACUAUUCCACAAACACUUGUCAGCCUUACAAUGUCAUUUAAAAUGGUUGGAGAUUUUGCAUAACCAUGAAACUCCUGCAGACGGACUGGAGUCUGUUUGUGGUAAAGGUAAAGACUGUCACGUGUGCUUCAGUAAAAUGGUGGCCUUGAGACAAGACCCUCAAAGAAAUAUGACAGAGGAAAUAACAGUGUUAGCAGAAUCGUCCUCCCCAGAGCGAGCAAGUUUACCCAAGGAAGAGUCUAAUGUAGCCAGUAGGGAACCAGCAUGUGAAUUCUCUGAAGAUGACAGUGAUGGGUUAAAUGCAAUUAAACCAUGUUCACUUGAUUCCACCAUUGUUACCUCUUCAACUUUACAUUUAGACCAAAAGCUUGAACAAGGUAGCAAAAUUCAGUUACCAGUAGUAGAGAUGGCUUCAGGAAAUAAUGUGUUUUUAACAGACUUAAGUCAGGAACUUAAAAGGACUCCAACACCAGGUUCAUCAGUGAGUAAAAUAAUUGUGGUUCUAGCUCCGUCCAGAGAGAUGACAGCACAGCUGAUGGUCACUGAUGCAGGUUUGUGACACUCAAAAAAAAUGAACUAAAAAAAUGUACUUUUUAUUUGAUAGUUUGUUACUUAACACGUACAGGGUAAUGUUGGUGCAGUGAUGGUUGGAAUUAUUCUGAGUUCAUCCCCAGUUAUUUGUUAAUAAAAUAGAUGAAGGCUGCCAGCCUUCAUUUGACCGUCUGGUGUAUUUUCAUUCAAACCGUCACAUGUCGUGUUCCUGCCAUUAUGUUGUCACAGCUUGAACGUGGGUCUCUAUUUUGUGUAAAGAGCUGAUUGGAAAGUCCAUGUUACACAAGUUGGGGCAGAUACUCUUGGGGGAGGUUUGGAAUCCCUGAAUAAAAAAAAACAACUUCAACCAAUAAAGUGGGAAAACGGCAGCCAAUUAAGUGUGUGAUUAAAUUCAUCUGUAACUCAUAAUGGCUGUAGUCUUAGCAGUUAAGAUAAAUUUUCUGGGAAAUCAAACCAAAACCAGUGCGAUGAAGUACUAUAUUUUAAUUUACAAUAAUUUUCAGAUACAAAUGUAACUUUUGUCACAACUUUCAUCUUCCAUUUCUAUCACGGCCAACGUAUGGAUACAGUCAGUGUUUUUAACUUAGAUCUGAUAAUGGCAUCUACAACUGUUAGAGUAAGCCUACUUACUUUUGACUGUAUUUCACAGGUGAGUCUAGACCACUGAUAAAGUCACCCCAGCUUGAGUUGGCCUUCUACGAUAUUGAAAUGAAAACCUGGCGCAAGGGAUGCCAGUUUGAUUUUCCUAUUUCUGGGGCAAUGCUUGAAAAACAUUCUUGGAGGAUGACUUUUCUCAAUGACUGCCUUUAUCUCUUCAGGUGAGUAAAUGUGCAAGCCAUCUUGACAUUUGAAGAAUUCAAACUUCUGGUACUGAUGCUAGAAAAUGGUGUUUCCUUUUCAUUAAGGACUUAAAAAAUUUUAUGCAGUGUAGUUGUAGUGUUACCUUUUCAAAUUGUGAUCUCUGGUUAAAAUGAUCAUAUGUGUUGGUUGUACAUCACAAGAUAUUGUCUGAUUUUAGCAAGUUCUAUGAUUACUUGGUUAAUCUUUUAACUUAGGGGCCAUCCAUAUAGUACUAAUUAGUACGUAUGCAAAAAAAGUCCCAUUAUCAAACUUACCUUGCCACUGUUGCACGCAUACUUUUUUGGACACCCCACCCCUAAGCUUACAUACAAUAAGUUUUUGACUCCCCCCUCCCCCAACCAAUUUGUGAAUAAAUUAUAGACAGUUAUGAUAUCUCAGGAAAAAAAGGGUGUCCCAUGUUUUCACUGCUGUUUGGCAAACCCAGUGGUUCCCAUGAUAUGUGCUGCAUCACAUCCGGGUGCAGUGUUGCUCUUGGGCAGGGAAAUGUAAAAGGGGCAAAGGGGAAAUUCCCCUUGAGUACUAAAAUCAUUGGGGUAGGGGGAAAUCAUUUUCUUACUUGUCUACUUGCUUUUUUCUAUACAUUGAGGAGCGCCUCUUUCCCCAACAUGGCCCUGCCCAAGGUUACUGCGGCUUCCUCACAUGGGAGCUGCGAAAGAUUACACAAUUUUCAUAUAUUAAUUUUCACUUUUAAUCAGUGACAUCUAGUGGGUCUGGGGAAAAUGGUAAAUUGCAGAGGGUAAAAAUCCUAAACAUGGCAGGGGGCCUUCAGAAGUCAUGAGACUGGAUCCCCGUUAGUUGUAGAGUGUUAGAGGAAAAAAGCAUAUUUAAAAUGGCUGUGAACCAUUUAAUAUAAUGAAAAUAUGUUUUUAUUCUACCAUUUUAUUAUACUAUCAUGUUAUUAUAAUCUGAGAUCCAUAAAGUAAAAGUAAAAAAAAAAUAAAACAAUUAUAUCAACGCUAUAGAGAUUUAAGCAACCUAUACUAUAAUAAAUUUUGUUUUCUUCAAAACGUGCUUUCUUAGUUUGACCAAGCAGCUCGCCCUGGAGUUCAACACCAUUGAGAAGAAAUGGGUUCACCUCGAUGGCAAACAACUUUUUUUGCACCAUCUCAACAACAGCCCGGUGAAAAGUAUCAUACCUAUUGCAGUUGGAAACAAACUGAUUGUCCUGUCUAUGAGCCGUGAGGCUCAAGCCAACGGAGAAUUUAGCACACAGCAGCAUUUCUAUGAAAUGGAUCAAGCAUCAAAGACCUUCUUGUGUGUUUCCUCUGUGCAAGACAAUAGAUUGGAUCUGCCCAUAACACAGUGGACAGUUGAUGGGAAUAUUUUGAUAACAGUGAAAGCCAGCACAAUGGUGUAUCGACAACUGUCUCAUAUUCAGUACAUCCAUGUUUACAAUGCUGAAACAAGAAGUUUGCAGACCCAUGAGGUAUUCUGUGCCACGGCUGCAGGUGUCAAAGUCCUUGCCAACAGAAAUAUGGUCUAUCUGUUAGACAGUGAAGGUUGGUGCAGAACUUAUAAUUUAGAUUCAUCCGAGUGGAAAGCCGUCACCAGAUACCAAUGUCAAGGACUGUACUCGGCAUGUUACGCUUCCAGCUCGGAGGAUGUCUACCCCGCCCUCACACACGUCACCUGCCAUGCAGGAAGCUCCCGGUGGGAGAUAACGACUCAAAGGAAUUCUGUGAGUGCCAGGAUGCAGGAGACGGUGGUUUAUGAAGGUGGGGAGCUGAGCACUUACAGCCACCCGCCCCCACCAUUUCAGUUCAUGACAGCCAUGUCUCCUGGUCAAAUGUCCAGGUCCAGUCUGGACAAAAUGCCAUUCCCAAAAUUUAUGUACAUUGAGAACCAGAUGCUUGAUUUUUACUGUAGAGCCAAUCAGUAA